AUGUCGGCUGAUAUUGCCGCUCACCCGAUCAUUUUGGGUCCAACUUCCCGCCGCUGUAUCUCGGUGAUGCUAAUGAACCCUCGCUGGAAUGAGAGCCGAGAGCAGAGGAUAAUAUUGCAAGAGGCUUCAGAGUGUGUUGUUGUAUUUGAGCUGUUCUUAAGGUACCUCUACACUGGACGUUUGAAGGUCUCUCAUGCUACAGUCCUUCCAAUACUGGCUCUAGCAGACAAGUAUAAUGUUAAGGAUCUGAUAGAGACAUGUGUCAAAUAUAUGAAGCUGCAUGUUGUAUCUGCAUCACAACAAAAUUACCUGAUUGCGUGGCUUCAGUAUACACUCACCUGUGGCCAUUCUGAUAUAGCAACAGUCUGUUUGAACCAUCUGAAGUGAAUUUGGAACAGGUGGCUGCAAAUGAAGAUUUUGCCUCGUGUGACUUGGAC